GAGGAAUGGGAAAGAAGCAAAGGAACAUGACUGUAGACAAAAUUGGCAAGGAAGUUCUAAAUCUAUGGAGCCAAGUAUGGUUAUCAGCAUGGUAGAGAAAAAACAGGACAAAGGAAUAAAGGUGUCCACUGUUAUAGCUGAUGAUGACACCACCACCAUUUCUCGCUUGAAACAAAGUGUAAACCCAAACAUUAAAAAAAAAUGCGACAAGAACCACAUUAGAAAAAUUUUUUCCUCAAGUCUAUAUGCUUUGCAGAAAAAACACAAGUCCUUAACUACAAAGGUAAUCCACUACCUUCAAAAGUGCUUCAAUUAUCUACUAGCACAAAAUCAGGGAAACCCAAGAGGAAUAGAAAAGGCACUUGAUGCCCUCUGUAAUCACCCUUUUGGAAACCAUGAGUCAUGCAGCAAUUCCUGGUGUCAGCAUGUUAACAAUCCGAAGCAAAGGUACUCUUCCUUGCCUUAUGGAAAGCCCUUAAAAGACUCGGACCUUCAAGAUUCACUACAUUCAAUAUGCAACCAAUGGAAGCAGAACAGCUGUAAGAUCUCCAGUCUGGGAAGCACCCAACCAAAUGAGUCCUUCAAUAGGACUGUGUCACUGAAAGCUCCGAAAAACCACUACUUUAGCGGCUCAGCUAGCUUAAACUACAGAGUAGCAGCAUCUGUAGCAGAAAAAAACUCUGGAGCAUCUUAUCUUGUUGCUGUAAACAAAAAGAUCGGGUUAUCUCCUGGAAGGUUUACUAGGAAGUUGUGCUAUCUCAGGGAAUCCUAGUCCAGGAAGAGAAAGGCAAUCGCCAAAUUUAAGGAGGCGAAGAGAAGAAGACGUGAGCUGAAGGCUAGGAGAUCCUUGUGUACAACUAGUAAAGAAAUUCAUGAAGGAUCCACAUAUGAAUCUGGAAUAGGGUUAGCUCCUCAACAAGCUAACAUCAUUACAGAAAUUCCAGUCCCAUGCCCAAGACCACAGAUGGAAACAGUUGAUGUUGAAAAUCACACACUUAUCUUAUUUGAUUUAGAAACAACAGGAUUAGCUCGCACUUCUCAUAUUGUUCAGUUGGCAGCUGUACAGAAUGAGGAUAGAUUUUCUACAUACGUUAUUCCUAAGAAGUCCAUAACGCCAACAGCUUCUGAGAUAGCAGGACUCUCUGUUAGGAAUGGAAAACUCUACCAUAACAACGCAGAAGUGACUGGCAUUUCUCUGAUGGCUGCAUUGGAUUAUUUCUUGAAAUUUCUCGAAAAGUAUAAUAAUAUCAUUUUAGUUGGUCACAACAUUAAAGUGUUUGAUUGUCCAGUGCUUUUUAGAGGUCUUGAAUCAUGUUCUAUGUUACCAAGAUUUUCAAGAAAAGUGAAGGGAUUUAUGGAUACAAAGCUUUUAUUUCGAUUAUCCCAUCCAAACCUGAGCUCUUAUAGCCAGCAAAGUCUUGCAGAAAGUCUUCUUGCAUGUUCAUAUGAAGCACAUAAUGCCCUUGAAGAUAUUUUAGUGUUGCAAAAGUUGUUAGAAUUAGUGAAUUUAUCAGAUGAUAAGCAUAAGUGUGCAACAUUUUCAUUUGAUUAUGCUAUGAAUGUACUAUCUUACCAAAAGGAAGUUGACAAAAAUUUUCCUUCCUUACAUAUUCUUGUUCAGAAAAAGGUGUUGAGUGUGUGUAUGGCUAAAAGAAUAGCUGAAAGUGGAUUAGAUUUUGAUAGUUUGAAACUAGCUUACUCUAGAGAUCAGAAUGGUAUCCAUGCAUUGUUUACUGAAGUGUGUAGAAACAGUUCUGUGAGGGUGACAAAGUCCAACAAAAUUAUUGAGGCUGUGAGCUCUUUUUUCCUGUCGUUAAAUGAAAGUUAAAUAUAUUAUAAUGUGCAUUGUCUUAACUUAAAGAAAAGCAAUUCAAUUUGAUUAAUAAU